GUAUCCUAGUACUAAUAGGCCACUACCCAUCACAAUCUGUUCGUUCAACAUGACCAAAAAAUCUAAGGCUCUGGAGAAAUCUGCUAAGCAAGCCCAGGAACCUAGGUGUACCACGCAGUCGUCGUCCUCCAAAGAAAUGGUCCUUCCAAAUAUCUCCCCCAAACGUCAUCUUGCAUGUCGAGUGCUCCUAGACAAUCAGAUUCUUCUCAUUAACGAUUCUCUCUCAGUCGCGGAAUGUAAGGCGGUAGCGCAGUUUAUAGAUGACUUGCCUCUUGAACUUACGCCCCCAAAACGGCGCGGAGAGGCGGUAAGGGUAAACUAUCGAUAUAGUAUAACUUCUCCUUAUUUCGCUCAACGCAUGUACGAGUUGCUUGUUCCUCAUCUCCCGCUCUUUCCGCCACCAGCACCAGACAAGAGAUCUGGCUCUACUCUUCCCGCUCGAGAACCACACUCUUUCAACUCCAAUAUACGUUUCUAUAAGUAUACUCCCUCUCAGCACUUUGGCCCCCAUUACGACGAUUCCGUGCGAGAUGCUAUAACUGGUGCCAAAUCCGAAUGGACCCUCUUGAUCUAUCUGUCUGGCGUCGAGGAUGGUGUGCAGGGCGGCGAGACAAUCUUUUACAAGAACGAGAAAUGUAGGCGCGAUGAAACCACGGUUGCUCCUCUCAACCGAGGCACAGCUCUCUUGCAUCGGCACGGUCAGGACUGUCUGCUGCACGAAGGUUCCAAAGUGACCAAGGGAACGAAAUACGUCUUGCGGUCAGAUUUGAUGUUCAAGCCUUAGAACGACCCCAUGUACAGGCAGUGUUGCUUUGAUAGAAUGCUUCCCAUAAACACAUAACUGAUAAUAAUAACAUAGCCAGCAAGAAUAUACAAUCUUCUCGGCAACGCUCCAUCACUCGUACACUGUAUUAACAAUAAGAUUAAUCUUCGUCCUCGUCCGCCUCAUCAUCAGCGCCAACAGAUGCACCUCUGGCCAACCCCGCGCUGAUUGCUUCAAUCUCAUCCAGGUCCCGCUCCAAAUCCACUGGCUCGCAUCCCUCUUCCACAAUGCCCACACCGCCAGUGGAGUUCGUAAGGACAUCCCUCAACCUUCCAACUUCGCUCCUCAGAUGCCUAAUUUCCUCAUCCCUCCUCUCGACUCGCCCUUUUAACUGCCUGAUAAAGUCAUUACCACAUAUUAGCAAUUGCAGCUUGCUCACGCCCUUAUUGG